CUGUAAGUGCAUGACUCAUUUUUUCCCCACAUAGGUUUGUCACAUUUGUAAUGUUUCAUAGAUUAUUCCCGUAGCAUUGCAAUGCUUUCUAUAAAUUAAUUUUCUUAUUGAGAUGACAGAAUAUUGAAACCGCAGUAACUGUGGCAUUCACUGAUGCCUAAAAGAAAUACAGGGGUUUUAUUCUGUCAAUAAUGUGUUACAGCCAUGCUAAAAUACAUAUUUACAUGUCAGGGAACUUAAGUAAUUAAUGAAAUUUGUAAAAUAAUCAGAGGUGUAAAAAGUACUCAAAAAUUUUACUCAAGUGAAAGUACAAAUACUCCAAAAACAUACUUGAGUAAAAGUAAAAAAGAGCAAAUCAUGUAAUUAUUAAGAUUUUAAAAAAAAACAUCGACAGUCCUGAUUCCUACUCAGUGUGUCAUAUAAUGACAUAUUAUAAAUACAACUUAUCCACUACCUGGUGAGAACAUCACUGAACAUGAAUUACAAUUAAUUUAACAAACAAUGCUUAUUUAAACACUUUUGGAGAUUUUUAAUUAAUUAAGAAAAUAUUUCCACAAAAAAUAUUAAUGGUAUUUAAAUUCUCAUCACUGAUUAUAUUUGCACUCAAUCUUGUGCAUUCAGCUAAUAUAUUACACAGCUAAUGGCUCUAUCAAAACAGAACAAAUAAUGAAUAAACAUUUUUUGGGAAAAUGCAACUUUGCUACCUCAAUAUGCUUCCUCGGAUUUGAUGGUUUUGAAACUUUUGAAGCCAGACAUUUACCUGAUGAAAGUCAUAAGUGAAGUAGAAAUAUGUGUGCUUGAUGCAUGAAACAUGAAAGUAGUCAGUUUAAAUCGUACUUGAAUAAAGUACAAAUCCCCCAAAAUAAUACUUAAGUAAAGUAAUCAAGUAAAAUUACUCAAGUAUUUUACACCUCUGAAAAUAAUAUGUGACCCCGGACGACAAAACCAGUCUUAAGUGUCAAUUUUUUUAAAUUGGGAUUUAUACAUCAACCGAAAGCUGAAUAAAUAAGCUUUCCAUUGAUGUAUGGUUUGUUAGGAUCGGACAAUAUUUGGCCGAGAUACAACUAUUUGAAUAUCUGGAAUCUGAGGGUGCAAAAAAAUCUAAAUAUUGAGAAAAACGCCUUUAAAGUUUUCCAAAUGAAGUUCUUAGCAAAGCAUAUUACUAACCAAAAAUUAAGUUUUGAUACAUUUACGGUAAGAAAUUUACAAAAUAUCUUCACGGAACAUGAUCUUUACUUAAUAUCCUAAUGAUUUUUGGCAUAAAAGAAAAAUCAAUAAUUUUGACCCAUACAAUGUAUUUUUGGCUAUUGCUACAAAUAUACCCCAGCGACUUAAGACUGCUUUUGUGGUCCAGGGUCACAUAUAUAGUUUUUGUGAAAAAAUAUGCCUUUUUAUGUUGUAAAUCAUUUUAUGAUAGCAGUACGACAAUCAAUUGCCUGCUAUUUUGUGAUAUUUGUGAAUAUAGUCAUGGUUAAAGUGCUUUUAAGACCCAUUAGACACAUUAAAAUGUACUCAGAUAUUCUAAACGUGAUUUUUCCAGAAUCUAAAUGAAUGAAUGACAUUGACCUCUUCCCCACUUUUUUCAAUAUAGCUUUCUAUUGCCAUUUUCAGUGAACCGCACAAACUUGUCUAUGAGGCAAACACAUCCCCUGAUUAUUAACUACUCAACCUAUUUUGUAGUGUGGUGCUUGUUCACUAACACACACACACACACACACACACACACACACACACACAUAGAUGAUGUUGCCGACCCCUGAUUCUAUUGAAUCCAGGCUGCUUAGGCAGCAGUAUGAUGCAUGAAUGUGCUGCCUGUUGUCUGGGGUUCAAAGCUCUUUUGCAACUCUCUCUCUCACACACUUAAACAACAAAAAGGAAAACAAUACCUGCAAAAACAUGUAAUCAACUAUACAAUAUACUUUUCAGUAUUGAUAAUAUAUUUUGUGUUUUUUAGGAUGAGCUGUCUGAGGAUGACUAUACUCUUGAAGUUACUCAAAUCCAUAAGGAUGGAGACGUACGCUGGGCCGGUGUUUGCCAGUCUGCGGCGCUCCCUGGGGAUGACAGAGAAAGAAUAUCAGCAGUCCCUCUCUUCUGAAGGCAGCUACCUGCAAUUCAUCAGCAAUUCCAAAAGCAAGGCAGACUUCUUCCUAACUAAUGACAAGCUGUUCUUCUUAAAGACACAGAGUAAAAGAGAAGCGCGAUUUCUCUUGUCUAACUUGAGAAUCUACAUGGAACAUUUGGAGAAGUACCCACACUCUCUGCUUGUCAAAUUUUUAGGUGUUCACAGGAUCAAAAUAGCAUAUCAGAGGAUGAAGUACUUUAUUGUGAUGCAAAGUGUCUUUUACCCUGAUGACAGAAUCACAGCGAGGUAUGACAUAAAGGGCUGUGAGGUGAGCCGGUGGACGGACCCAGCCCCUGAAGGCAGCCAGAUCAUAGUUGUUUUGAAGGAUCUUAAUUUUGAAGGACAGUUCAUUCAGUUAGAUCAGCAACGCCCUUGGCUCCUGCAUCAGGUGGAGAUUGAUACAGCCUUUCUUCAGACGCUCAAUGUGUUGGACUAUAGCCUCUUGCUUGCCCAUCAGCCCCUGCACCAGGAUGAACUCAGCCAGAGUCUCUCUUUCGCAACACUCAUCAUGCGUGCCAAAAAAUCCUUCUCUUUCUUCUCCAAACGGCCAUUGGCAGGCAGGUCAGUAAAUGCAACAUUCAGUCCUACACAUGCCACUUCACCAACUGUACCCGGGGUGGUGGCAGAGGAAGACUCCACACUCCUCUUCUCGGAAUUAAAUACAACACAAUGUCACGUAACAGAAAUGCACAGUGGCAAUGGUGCAAUGGGCAUAGCAAGUCCUGAGGAAGACAAAAUUGAGCAACAAAGUAGAGUGGGAACAGAGUCAGCCGAUCUACAAACGUUUCAGGCCCAGAACCGGAGAUUGCUUCCUAACUUCAAAAACCCACUUCAUGUCAUUGAUGGACCAGAGCAGCGUUACUUCAUUGGGAUAAUUGACAUCUUCACUGUUUAUGGUUUCAAAAAGAGGCUUGAGCAUCUGUGGAAAAGACUGAGACACCCACGACAAACAUUCUCCACAGUCAGUCCUCCAGCUUACUGUUACAGGCUGUGCCAGUGGGUUCAGGACCAUACCAAAUAAAAUUAGAGAGCUUGGAUGACAGAUGGACACGCUGUUCGCACACCUGACUCAUACAUACCUCGUAAUGUAAACAGUGGAAAGGAUCUGAAUGUACAUUUGAAUGUACAUUUGAGAGUGAACGUUUUUAUAGCUUUUUGUUUAAAUAAAGACGAUGCUAAUGCAAGUGCUUGUUAAAACACUGUAGUUCAUGAAAAAUGCAAAAGUUAAAAGGUGUAUUCAAUUUAAAAUUGUUAUGUAAGUAACAGCGCAAUGACGGUGCAUAGGGAUUAUGCACCUAUUAUGAAAAUAUGAAUAAGAGCAAAGGAGAGUGUAACUUUUGAUUUAAGCUUGUUUUCAUAAUUGAAUUAUGAAAUACUGGUUACAUAUAUCCCAUUUACUGAAAAGUACAUUGUUGCUAUUUGAUUGCCAGCUGUCCAGAACAGAAAGGCUUUUGAGACUGACAACUUAUCAACAAAUGCAGGGUCACUUCCUUCCUGCUGUCUGUCACGUUCAGAAACUGUUAUGUGGAACUACACAAGUGGGCAUUCAAAUGCUUUCAGAAAUAUUUAUGCAGUAUAAUAAUAAAAAAAGAAUGUUUGA